CGCGGUCCAAAUCCAACGGCCGAGAUCGUCCCGAGAACCUUUCCGAGGGCCAGCCCGAAACCCUCUCCAUUUUUAUAAAUCCUCAUCUCGUUCCCCCUCCCUCCCCACUCGGCGUCUUAGUAGGCGAGACUUAUGCACCAAGAAUCCCACUAACCCCUAGCCCUAGCUCUCCAGACCUCAUCUCAGUUUUGGGACAAUUGGUAUGCCUUUGUACUCUGUCAAACAGGAAAUGGCUUCUACUUUCAGCACCAUGUCUACAAUUGGCUAUGUGGCUGCUCCCGGUGGUUUUGUCACGGAUAGGAAGCUCGCAGUUUCUGCUCAGAAAUUCUCUUUCUCUUCUCUUGCUUCCAUAUCUUCGAGUUCUCUAAGUGGCAGGUGGCAUAACUUGCAUCUACAAAAAAGAUGUAACUGUAGGAUCAGGGCAAUGGCCAAGGAAUUGUACUUUAACAAGGAUGGAUCGGCCAUUAAGAAACUCCAAACUGGAGUUAAUAAGCUUGCUGACCUCGUGGGGGUCACUCUUGGCCCAAAGGGCAGGAAUGUUGUUCUGGAGAGCAAAUAUGGGUCUCCAAAAAUUGUCAAUGAUGGUGUCACUGUGGCCAAAGAGGUUGAACUAGAGGAUCCUGUGGAAAACAUUGGUGCUAAGUUGGUAAGGCAGGCUGCUGCAAAGACCAAUGACUUAGCUGGAGAUGGGACAACUACUUCUGUUGUUCUUGCUCAAGGUUUGAUUGCUGAAGGUGUUAAGGUGGUUGCAGCAGGUGCAAACCCUGUUCAGAUAACCCGAGGUAUUGAGAAGACAUCCAAAGCUCUAGUUGCAGAACUCAAGUUGAUGUCAAAAGAGGUUGAGGACAGUGAACUAGCCGAUGUUGCUGCCGUAAGUGCGGGAAACAACUAUGAGAUUGGAAACAUGAUAGCUGAUGCUAUGAGCAAGGUUGGUAGGAAAGGGGUGGUGACACUCGAAGAGGGGAAAAGUGCCGAGAAUAGCCUCUAUGUUGUAGAAGGAAUGCAAUUUGAUCGUGGUUACCUCUCUCCAUACUUUGUCACAGAUAGCGAGAAAAUGUCAGUUGAAUAUGAGAACUGCAAGUUGCUUCUUGUAGACAAAAAAAUUACAAAUGCAAGAGAUCUUAUCAAUGUUUUGGAAGAUGCAAUUAGAGGGGGAUUUCCCAUCUUGAUAAUAGCUGAAGACAUUGAGCAGGAAGCUCUUGCUACUCUUGUUGUAAAUAAGCUCAGAGGUGCACUGAAGAUUGCGGCACUUAAAGCCCCUGGAUUCGGAGAACGCAAAAGUCAAUAUCUUGAUGACAUCGCCAUCCUUACUGGAGCAACUGUAAUCAGAGAUGAGGUAGGGCUUUCCCUGGAUAAAGCUGACAAGGUGGUUUUGGGCACUGCUGCAAAAGUUGUGCUAACCAAAGAUUCAACCACCAUAGUUGGUGAUGGUAGCACUCAAGAAGAAGUAACCAAACGGGUUGCACAAAUCCGUAAUCUGAUUGAGGCUGCUGAGCAAGAAUAUGAAAAGGAAAAAUUAAACGAGAGGAUUGCAAAGCUCUCAGGUGGAGUUGCUGUCAUUCAGGUUGGUGCACAAACAGAGACAGAACUUAAAGAGAAGAAGUUAAGGGUUGAAGAUGCUCUCAAUGCUACCAAGGCAGCUGUUGAGGAAGGUAUAGUUGUUGGUGGUGGUUGUACCCUUUUGAGGCUUGCAGCAAAGGUUGAUGCCAUCAAGGAUACUCUCGAAAAUGAUGAACAAAAGGUUGGAGCUGAUAUAGUAAAAAGGGCUCUGAGUUACCCGUUAAAAUUGAUUGCAAAGAACGCUGGAGUAAAUGGAAGUGUUGUCAUUGAGAAGGUUCUUUCAAGUGACAAUUUCAAAUAUGGAUAUAAUGCUGCAACUGGAAAUUAUGAAGAUUUGAUGGCUGCUGGAAUUAUUGACCCAACUAAGGUCGUGAGGUGCUGCUUGGAGCAUGCAGCUUCAGUUGCAAGAACAUUCCUUACUUCAGAUGUUGUGGUGGUUGACAUCAAAGAACCAGAGCCAGCACCUGCAGGGAAUCUGAUGGACAAUUCAGGGUAUGGCUACUAACAGAGCCGUCGGAUACCAGGGGAAAGGAAAACCUGUGCCUAGGCAGUAACUGUCAUGUUGGUUUUUGGUUUUUGUAUGUCUUUUUUUUUUCCUAAAUGAAAAUGGGAGGCGUUACCAUCAUUAAUGUGGAUGGAGAGGUUACAUGAGAUUCUCGGGGGAGAUUGGUUGACUUGUGUCAACCUGCAAAGGAAAGGGGAAGAGAGACUGAAAACAGACUCAAGGCAAAAAUGAAUACAGAAAACAACUUGAGGUCUGUUCGUGAAAUGCAGAGUUUUCAGUAACCUGAUGAACUAAUUUUACUUCAGUUGCUGUAUGAUUCUUUGAAUCCUUUGUUUUAAUUUUACUUUCGUUUUCGUAUGUCUGGUCAGGGCAUUGUUUUGCACAUGAAUUAGAGCUCAAUGAGAUUAGAUUAGCAUUAAAAAAUUCUUGGAGCA